AUGAGUACAAGCUUCGUACAGACGCUAGGGGAAAACGAGGAGUCUUUUGAAUACGCUAAACGUUUGGACAAGAGAAUGAAGGAAGCCAAAGAAAAACGCCAGGAGCAAAUUUCUAAGAUACGUUUGUUUUCUGCUUUCCGUGCCAUUGCCUCGGUUUACAUGCUGCUCAUCUUCAUCCUCACAAAGGUUGAGACUCCUGGAGUGAAGCCUUUCUUUCCUGCUGUGUACAAGGAGUUUGAAGAAUUGCAUGAGGUGGUGAAGAGAAUGUGUCAGGAUUACCUCAGCAGCUCUGACCUGUGUCUUCAGGAGCCCCUGGAGAUAAACAAUGAUGAGGUUGCCAGAUCAUUAGGAAUCACAGAAUACCUGAGGAAGAAAGAGACACACCCAAGCAGUGCACCUGAGUGCUCCAGCCAGGAGAUGAAGGGAAAGCUGCAGGAAACCAGUGUACAGAAGAGGGAGAGGGAGCAGGCUGGGCUGGCCACAGUGAAGAAGGCCCGAACAGCAGCUCUGCCUACAGAUGUCCCUGAGUGUCCUGCCGCCAUCAGUGGAUGUCAGCAGAAGCCUGGGUCCUCCCGCGCUCCAGCCAGCCAGGGUUCUGCCUCCGCAGCCACUGAGAACCCUUCUCCCUGCUCUGAGGGAAGCUGUGGGGAAAUGGCUCCUGCUAGUGAUGGAAGUGUGCUGCCUGUAGGCCAGCAGCUGUCAGUGAUGGCGUCUGCUAACUUGGAAGCCAGGAGUGUCUCUACAGAUCCUGCUCUUCUGUAUCAGGAGUCAGCUCUUUAUUUCCAGGUAGCAGAGCCCAGAGGGCUGCCCCCAGCCCAGUCAUCAGUGUUUCCUGAAGAGAAUGCUCCAGAACACACUGCAAAGCAGGAUUCUGAGGCCAUCCAGAGAAGCAACGGUGUCUGUGGUACCCCAUCAUCAGGUGAAGAAAUGGAGUUCCUGCUUCUUGAAGAAUCAGGAAAUGCAGAGGCAGGAGACCUCAGAGAAAUGAGCCAACCCUACCUCAGUAGGCAGCAGGCCAGCCUCAGCCAUGCCCUCCUAGAGGCUGCAGCCUUUCCACUCCAGAAAACUUUGCCUAUGAAUGUCCUGCCAGCUGCCUGUGUUUCCAGGACUAUGCCCGAGCCAGGGUCUCAUCCUGGACCAGAUGGGUCACUACCCACUAAUGGGGGUCCCAGUGUUGGAAGCGAAGCUGGGAACGUAAGCUGGUUCCUCUCCAGGAUGGAGGCAGAUGGCCAGAGAGAGCUGGAGACUGUGGCUGCUGUGGGGGAAGCCCUGGCUUCUGAGCUUUCCUAUCUAUGCCAGGAAGUGUUGUCUCAGGGACAGGAGCAGGUUUCUAUUCCAACUUCCAAUGGGCUUAUUUUGUCCUGUCCAAGUACUUCAGUGUCAGAAGAGAAUGCUGUCAUAGUGACUAACGCAAAGGGUUCUAUCGUGAGGUUUGGCCCGCUGGAAGGGGUUGCUUUUGAAGCCAUAGAGGCCUUCCACACUGUGGAGGCAGAGCCCUCUCAGUGA